AAAUAUCGAUGUGAUCCACUCCGUCAGCCAUCUUCUGCCGCAACUCGCCCUGCAAGCCAGGCACCGAGCGCCGCGAGCUGGGCGAAUGGAGGGGGAAGGCUAGCCAAGCGGGAAUGUGUGCGUCACUUCCGGUAUAAAAAUAACUUGAUGUAUCCAGUAAUAGAAAAGUGGUUAUAUGGCACACAAUCUUCAUGAAAUCAUCAAACAGUGUUUGUAUGACGCUGUGCACACAGAAAGAAUAGGAGCCACGGUGAGAGGAAUGCCUGGAGCUUCGGGGGAACGAUGGAGAUGGGUUUGCACUGCAUUCUAUGAGAGCUCCUUCAACACAGCCAGCAAAAACUUCAACCCAGGCGACAACAGUACUGAUUAUGGCAUUCUCCAAAUAAACAGUCGAUGGUGGUGUAAUGAUUUCAAGACCCCCAGACCUCACAAUGCUUGCAACAUCAACUGCCAAGCAUUGCUGUCAGAUGAUAUAACUGAAUCUGUGAAAUGUGCAAAGCGUGUUGUGAGUGAUCCCAAUGGUAUGAAUGCAUGGGUUGCAUGGAGAAACCACUGCAAGGGCAGAGACUUGUCUGAAUGGACUAGAGGCUGCAAACUUUAAUUCUUAGAAUUUAUACCAGCCUUUAUUUUUGCACUGCUUUUGCGCAAAACACUUUAUAAUCAAUAACUGAAGCUUAAAACUGUAUAAUCAUAUUUAAUUAACAAGAGCCUAAAAUCACAAUUAACUGUACAUUUAAGCAGUAAACUAUGGUCUAACCUGCUAUAAAUAUGUGUUUGGAGAAUUCUUUUACAAUAUGAUAACCUCUAUUUAAAGUAAACACAUGGUAUAAGCAAUAGGAGUAGACACGUUUUGUAAGUUGGUCUUCAGUCAUAAUAAAGUAAUUACAGAUAUAUUCAGCUCAAAAUAUUGCCUGCUACAAUGGCCCUUUUCUGAGAUCUGCUUAUUUACUGUCUGGUGUAUAGCCUUUAGUCUAUGCCUUGCUAUGUUUUUAUGCAACAUAUAAAAAUAAAAAGAACACUAUUUUGCUUCCGACCAAAGCUGAAUUAAUUUCUUUUUCUUGUGCUACCACGGCCUGUCAGCCAAGGCCCACUCCAUGCUUGGCUGAAGACCGUAUUACAUGGGUGAGCUGGUCACUUUUUCUUUUUAGCAAAGCAGAGAACAGGCUGCAGAUUAGCAUAUGGAGAGUAAGACUUGACAUGUGAUGCUUUAGAUUCACUUUUUGUUGCAUUUGUUUCUUUUGCUGCUUAUAAAAGGCACAUAGAGCUUUAUGCAUUUUUUAAAAGCUAGAACAUUUUGCUUUUUAAAAAACAAACAAAAAACACAACGCUAUGGAACAAAAAAUAAAACAAAGAAAAAAAGCACACUAUCUAGUGUGUUUCUUUUUGCCUAUUGACUUAAAGUGAGUAUAUGGCCCGCUGGGUAAAACACAGCAAUAAUGUUGUUUAUGUCUGAAAAAUACUAUUAAUGAAACUAUCCAAAAGUAUAUGCACCAAGACAGUGAGAAUCCAGUGUAUUACUAUUAAAAAAACAAUGUGGCAGGACUCUGAGAAAACAAUAGGUAAAGGUUUUGCUAAGUAUAGACCUACCAUGAAGUAUUUGUCUUCCCCCCCAUUUCAAGGGAAAUUGACUGAUAGAUCAACCCUACUAACCUGAUAUACAGGUGGUUAGUGUGGCUGAUCCUGAGUAAAACGAUAUAUUCCUUAUCCCAAUCCAUUCUGCAGUUCACAAGAUAUAGCAAAAGCUUGCAAUAUGCAAAUGAACUCUUAACUGGACAUGAGGCCGGUUUGAAGACUAUCUGCACCUAUGACACCAUCCCCUGAGUCAUGUUCACGUGGCCCCACUCAUUAAUAUUGAUCUUCUCCUUGAUAAGUACUGUGGCACAAACGGGACCUAGGGCAUGUCAUCAGAGGUGCAGGAAGUCAUGAUACCCACCCCUGGUACAGUUAAUAGUUUAAUGCAAGAUUGUGCUAUAUUCGGAAUGGCUAACUGGGUUGAUCAAUUUACUCAGGAUCACCCCCCC